AUGGCCUUUUGUUGCUUGGGCAUGGAUGUUAUUGGACCCAUUAAACCCGCAGCUUCAAAUGGCCAUCGGUUCAUUUUAGUUACUAUUGACUACUUCACCAAAUGGGUGGAAGCAACGUCUCACAAAUCAGUCACAAAGAAAGUGGUAGCUGACUUCAUGCAAAACCACAUCAUAUGUCGAUUCAGUAUACCCAAGUCCAUCAUAACAGACAAUGGAGAAAAUAUGAAGAGCCACCUAAUGAAGGACAUCUGUGAGCAAUUCAAGAUCACCCACCGCAACUCGACAUCCUACCGACAGCAAAUGAACGGAGCCAUAGAAGCAGCCAACAAAAAUAUCAAGAGGAUAUUGAGGAAAAUGACUGAUAAUCAUAAAGGAGCAACUCUCUACCUGCUGGUCUAUGGAACUGAAGCAGUCAUACCUGCUGAAGUUGAGAUACCUUCCCUAAGAAUCAUUCAAGAAGCAGAAUUAGGCAAUGCUUAA